AUGAUACAUUAUAUAAAUGAGCGUGGAAUUGUAAACAAACUCGACCUAGAAUCACACAAAAUCUUGAGGUAUUUGUGUUUUUUUUUAAUUAAAAAAAAUAUGAAUUCUAGGGUUGUGACAACUUCCACAUUACUCUGCCCAGUUUUGGAUUGCUAUUCAAUGUCCGAACAUUUGUAUACUGUAUCAUCAAAAUGUAUCUCAAUAUUCUCGGUGGAAAAAUGGUUAGAUUAUGAGAGUUAUGAAAUCGAUGGGAACAAAACAGCUUCCCUGAAUCGUGGAAGAAUUAUAAGAUUUGCAGAGACUUAUUUGAUAUUCUUCAGCAGAAAACUUCAAAUUUGUUAUAUUUGGGAAAUUGAUAAACCCAAAAAUCCAUCGCAUAUGCUUGAAUUCAGCACUUCCGAGUAUACCGUUGAUAUUUCUUGUGAUGAUGAGAAUGUUUAUUCAUUGACAAGUGGAGGAGUUGUAUCGAUAUGGAAAUUGAGGCCGAACGGGUGAGUUAAAAAGAUUCUUAAAUUAGGAACAUACCUGGGAAAUUUUUCGGGGGCACCGUGAAAUUCGUAACAUUUUGUUACUCAAUCUUUUCACUGAAAAACAGCAAGAACUUAUUGGGAUUUGGUAACUUAUCGUAACUCCGAAAAAAUUUUAACAAUAUUAUUCUCUAUAUCCAUCAAAAAUUAAUUAAUUAGGAUUUAAUCAAAAUUUUCUUUAAAAAAAUUUCGUGUUUUUUUCGAAGUUUCAAUUUGAUUCUGUCAAAAUUCACUAUAUUUAGUGAUUUUUUUUACGAAUUAUUUUACGAUUUUUUGAGCCGUAAAACUGUAAAACGUGAAAAUUCCCAGGUCUGAUUAGGAAGAUCUUUAGGGCCUUAAGGUACUUAAAGUCUCCUAUACACUAUAUUUUCAGACGAAAAUUCCGAGAUAAAUUGUUCCCAACACUGUUAUCAAAUUGCACCCAAAUUUUGAUGGCUUACCCGCAGGUUUGUCUGUUUUUUCCCAAACUGCGAAAAAACUCCCCAAAAAUUUCCAGAAGUUUGUCAUUCAAACGCACACCUCAAUUCAUUUUCUGGUUUUUGGAGCAGCCACGGAAAAAUCAUCGGUCAAUUAA